UUGCGGAAGUAACGUAAACCCGGAAAGUGUCUGAAUCUACGGGGAUCUACGCUUGUAUUGUUCGUUUUUAAAAUGACUUGCUAAAUAUUCAUUUAGAAACGAUAUGAACUAGCAGGCUUGUAAUAAUUAUUUCUAAAAGUAAAAAUCGGCUUCCUCUAAACUAGUACGAGCGUGUUUAUAACCAGGAGGCUUAGGAAAUAGAAAAUUAGUUAGAAGUAAACGAACUAGCAAUGUCUAGCGAAGCUGUUCUUACUGUUCGAUUGGUAAGGUCUUUUGAACAUAGAAACUUCAAGCCAGUUGUAUUUAGUGGCGUCAACUUGGAUCAAACAGUACAGGAAUUUAUCCAGUUUGUAAAAAAUGACGUCGCCACAAGGGGGGGUCUUCCACCUCCAUUCAAGAAAUUUGGCUAUGACACAAUGAAGAUCAUCCACCAGGCACAUGGAGCAAAGACAAACGAGUUAGUGAUGAGUUUGGAUGACGAUGACACUCUCAUCCUGCAAGAUGGACUGACUCUUAGAGCUGCAGGCAUUGCCAAUGAAACAGAAUUGGCCUUCUUCAGGAGGGAUGAUUAUGAGGUCUUUAAAGCCAAUCCCAAAACUGCCUGGUGAUAAGAUUUAGUUUAUUGUCUUUGGUCCCCCUCUUCAUCACUGGAAAAGGGAUUCUGGUCAGACAUGGAAAAAUGUUUGGAAGAUGCCAGGUUAUUGCCAAGGGGAAAUAAAACUUGGAAGUAUUUUAUUUUCUCAUCACAUCUGUGUUUUAGGAACUUUGGUGUGCCUCUGUAUGUGUACCUUUCUUUGCUAAAAUGCGCUGUUUUGCUUUAAAGAGUUGCCUCUGUGCUAAAUAGUUUUAGUUUAGGACAUGUUUCAUUCAAAUAAAUGUGAUUAAAACUAUACAAAAAGAU